AUGGCCAGGAAUGAGGCCCAAGUCCAAACCGAGAUGUCCAUCGCGCAUCACGAGAUGAUCAACGCGGCCUCCCAAAGAAUUAGAAAAUCAGAAGCGCAACUGAUUUGCAUGGAUCUACGUGAAAAAAACGACUUCAGCUUUAUCGUGGAUAAAUCUGGGCUUCCGCUCCGAGAACAUCAACUGAUCACAUUACUAUUGAAACAAUGGCAAAAUGAUGCGAUUGCGCUCUACAUCAAGCCGGCGCGCCGAAGCCUUUCUCCACCAUGG